GACAUAAUUUACCUUAUACCAAUAGACUCGGGCACAACUUAAAUAUUCUGAUAUGACGUGUAAGCUUGAUUUGUUGUAGUUAUCCAAACUGAAUUGUUAUCAUUUUGCAUAUCUGAUGGCAUGCCAGUCAUCCAACUUUACACUGCAUCUCCACCCAAUCGAGUUGCAGAUCAAUGGCCUGCUAAAUUUUGCCCUGUAUGCCAAGUUCAAAAUUUAAGCCUGGGAAGAAUACCCGUUUAUCACUACACCGAACUCCUUUGAACGGUUAUAAUGCAGCCUAAAACGGAAUAACCUCUUUCAAGCACAAAGGGGAUUUGCUGGGCAGGACAUUACAAUGGGAAUUGCAAGACUUGUUGCAAAACAUCUUUCAUCAAAGAAAAUUCAGACAAUAAACAGGCUCUACAGCUCAACCUCAUCGAGUAUCGAAAAAAUUCUGAUAGCAAACAGAGGCGAAAUUGCCUGCCGUGUGAUAGGAACAGCCAGGCGGUUGGGAAUAAAGACUGUGGCUGUGUACAGUGAAGCUGACAGGAAUGCCCUACAUGUAAACCUAGCAGAUGAGGCUGUUUACAUUGGCCCCGCGGCCGCCCGGGCCAGCUACCUCAAUGCAGGGGCAAUUCUCCAGGCAGCCCGGCGCACAGGUGCUCAGGCUGUACACCCCGGCUAUGGCUUUCUCUCUGAGAGUGCCCCCUUUGCAGAGUUAUGUGAAAAGGAGGGCCUCAAGUUCAUUGGGCCACCAGCCUCGGCGAUCCGAGACAUGGGGGACAAGAGCGCCUCCAAGAGAAUUAUGAGCCAAGCUGGGGUUCCGGUCGUGCCCGGCUACCACGCAGCCGAGCAGGACCCUGAGCUUCUCAGGUCCGAAGCCCAGAGAAUUGGCUACCCGGUGUUAAUCAAGCCUACGCACGGUGGAGGUGGGAAGGGAAUGCACAUUGUCUCAGCCCCGGAGGAAUUUUUGGACUCUUUACAUGCUGCCCAGCGAGAGGCUGCUGCAUCCUUUGGCAAUGAAGCUGUGCUUUUGGAAAAAUACAUUGCCCGCCCUCGGCACAUUGAAGUGCAGAUUUUUGGAGACCGGCUAGGGAAUGCUGUGCAUUUGUAUGAGAGGGAUUGCAGUGUACAGAGGAGGCAUCAAAAGAUAAUUGAAGAGGCUCCUGCACCUAAUGUUUCAGAGGAGCUUCGGCGCCAUUUGGGAGAAGCAGCGGUAUCUGCUGCCAAGGCAGUGGGGUAUUAUAGUGCUGGUACUGUGGAAUUCAUAAUGGAUACUCAAUCUGAUGAAUUCUUUUUCUUGGAGAUGAACACCCGACUUCAGGUGGAACACCCUGUAACAGAAAUGGUAAUAGGCCAAGACCUUGUGGAGUGGCAGAUUCGAGUUGCAAAUGGGGAGCCCCUUCCACUUGGGCAGUCCCAGAUUUCCUGUACUGGGCAUGCCUUCGAGGCUCGAAUCUAUGCUGAAAAUAUUCCCAAGGGAUUUUUGCCUGCAACAGGUGUUUUGAAUCAUUACUGCCCCCCUGCAGUUUCCCCAACCGUGAGGGUUGAGACUGGCGUUAGGGAAAAGGAUACUGUAAGCAUGCAUUAUGAUCCUAUGAUAGCAAAACUAGUAGUCUGGGGGAAGAGCCGGGAUGCAGCUUUGGUUAAACUCAAGGACUGCCUGUCUGACUUCCAGGUUGCUGGCUUACCAACAAACAUUUCUUUCCUCCAGGGACUUGCCAGGCACUGGGCAUUUGCUAGUGGUCAGGUUGAGACCCACUUUAUACAGCACUUCAAUGAUGAUCUCUUUAAUGUUGAAUUGGUAAAAACUGAGUUGGAUAGUGCUAAAUUUGGUGGAGCACUGGCUGCUGCUUGUAUCUGCAUGAGGGAACAAGCCGAGGAUGGGUCAUCUUCACUUUGGCAUGCUGCUCCAGCAUUCCGCAUCAACAAUGAAUUGAAGCGUGGAUUUGAACUGAAAUGGAAGAGUGAAACCGUUGAUAUGGAGUGGGUACCUGUGGGAAUUCUUGUAACGUAUAAGAAAGAUGGCACAUUCUAUGUGGAGAUUGAAGAUGGAGACUUUCUUGGCAUUAGAGUGAGAGGGGAUGAUGUUGCAGGUAUCAAGGAAGGAAAGUUGAAGCUGCAUGUUGAUGGGCUUAGCAUGAAUGCGAGUUUGGCAGUGUAUUUAAAGGACUCCAUUGAACACAUACACAUUUGGUAUGGUAACCAUCACCAUCAUUUUACUCAAGAUAUACCAAUGAGACACCAGUCUGAAGAGGAUCUUAUGGGUCAACAAAAUAAGUUAUCUGAUACAUUCACUACUAGUGUAAAAGGAGCAGUGAUUGCACCCAUGGCAGGAUGCAUUGUGAAGAUUCUUGUAGAAGAGGGGAAAAUGGUUGGCAAGGAACAAGCCAUACUGGUUUUAGAAGCCAUGAAAAUGGAGCAUGUUGUAAGAUCACCACAGCAAGGUUAUGUUCGACAAUUACAGUUUGGUGUUGGGCAGCAGGUUUUUGACAAUUCUGUUCUCUUUGUUAUUGAGGACAAAUAACAUCUAAAUGCAAUUAAAAAUAAAUAAAAAUUUAAAGCAUCUGUCAUGACUACAA